UUCUUUCUCAAAGAUAAAUCGAUUUUUUACUUUCCAACAAUUCCAACAAAGAAUAACUAUUAAGAAAAGCUUUCACCAACCUUUGACAUUAGUCACUAAAGUGGAACAAGCUCUCUCCCACCAAUUGAAGAAGAAACUCGAGUCAUGUCUCCAAAUCUGGUCCUCGAUGCCAUUAUUGGUCCAAACUGCAGCUGAGAGUGGACAUCAAAUCAAGCUAUAUAUGGAAGAUUGAUUCUUCAUCAGUGGAGCAUCUUAAGCACACGCUCGACGUCUCUGGAAAGCGGGAGUGAAGCAAUUGCAAAACAGGAAUCAUUUCAUGCAAGCACUUCCAGAGAAUUAAAGAUUUGGAUUUUAUGAGGAUACGAAAACUAAUGCCAUCUAAAAAAGCUUCUGUUAUCAGUGCAUGGUUCCAACUUUGGUCAGCAUUCAACAAGUCUUUAACAUAAAACAGGGUCUGUGUUAGAAGAUUUGCGACUGCAGAUACAAGAACAUUGAACGGGUGCGGUGGUGCAAGUCAUGGGUCCUGAAAAUUUUGGAUAUUUCUACCCAAAUCAACUCUCCAAACUAGGCCUUUUUUGAUCAUUUUACGCCCUUUCAGAAUACUUCUCCAACCCCAAGAUGUCAGCAAUAGAAGGUGUUCAAAUAUGGAGAAAGCAAUUGAUAGACAGAGAGUUUUGCUUAAACAUCUACAACAAAAUCCGUCACAUUCAUCUUUUCAUCUUCAAUCCACUCAUCUCUCAGCCUCAGCCUGUGUUGCUGGCAAAUCUUCAUAUGGGAAAACUGAUGCAUCUGAAAAUGAUGAUAAUGAUGUGGUUAUCAUAGCUGCAUACCGAACUGCUAUUUGCAAAGCAAAGCGUGGUGGCUUCAAGGAUACCCCUCCGGAUGACCUACUUGCUUCAGUUUUGAAGGCAGUAAUAGAGAAAACAAAUGUGAAGGCAAGUGAAGUUGGAGACAUAGUUGUUGGAACAGUGUUGGCUCCUGGAGCUGACAAACUUGUUGAAUGCAGAUUGGCAGCCUUCUACGCUGGUUUCCCUGAGACUGUGCCCGUCCGAACUGUCAAUAGAAUAUGUUCCUCUGGACUUCAGGCUGUUGCUGACGUGGCUGCUUAUAUAAAAGCAGGCUUCUAUGACAUUGGCAUUGGAGCAGGAUUGGAGUAUAUGACUCAAGAUAGUAUCAUUACAACGAUCCGUAACAGUAACCCAAAAGUGGAAACCUUGGCACAAGCCCAGGAUUUUCUUCUUCCAGUGGGAAUUACUUCUGAGAAUCUCGCACAACGUUAUGGUGUCACAAGGCAGGAGCAAGACCAAGCUUCUGUUGAGUCUCACAAGCGUGCUGCUGCUGCAACAACAGCCGGUAAAUUCAAAGAAGAAAUCAUUCCUCUUCCUACUAAGAUUGUUGACCCAAAAACUGGAGAGGAGAAGAAAAUUGUAGUGUGUGUUGAUGAUUGUAUCCGACCAAACACAACUCUGAUGGAUCUUGCAAAGCUUAAGCCUUCGUUCCAAAAGAAUGGAUCCACCACAGCAGGGAAUUCUAGCCAAGUUAGUGAUGGUGCUGCAGCAGUGCUGCUCAUGAAGAGAAGAGUGGCUAUGCAAAGGAAGCUCCCUAUUCUCGGAAUCUUCAGGAGUUUUGCUACUGUUGGAGUAGACCCUGCUGUCAAAGGGGUUGGUCCUGUUUAUGCAAUUCCAGCUGCACUGGAAUCUGCUGGUCUUGACCUAAGCAACAUUGAUUUGUUUGAAAUUAAUGAGGCAUUUGCGUCUCAGUUUGUUUAUUGCUGCAAGAAAUUGGCACUUGAUCCCAAAAAGGUGAAUGUCAAUGGUGGCGCCAUUGCUCUUGGGCAUCCUCUGGGAGCUACGGGUGCACGUUGUGUUGCAACUUUACUGCAUGAAAUGAAGCGUCGUGGCAAGGAUUGUCGCUUUGGUGUAAUCUCAAUGUGCAUAGGGACAGGUAUGGGAGCUGCUGCUGUGUUUGAAAGGGGAGACACUUGAAGACGCAAGCCUAGCUAGACAGAGAACACAUUUCAAAUCUUUCUAUUUUGAAUUCAGUUUCAAUUGAAAGGUUCUACAAAUAAAUGGACUCAACUUUAAAUGCUCUAGGGAAACUUAGAACAUUAUAUUCAAUUUUCCA